ACUGUAGGCAAACAUGAACCCAGGCAUGAGUUUGCUGUGCAUCCUUAUGUGUGUUAUCCCCGUCGGUUGCGAUCGGGUGUACGUUCACCCCUUCCAUCUCUUUGCGUACAACAGCGAGAGCUGCAAGGGACUGGAAGACAAGGAACGGCUGGUGAAAACUUUUGUUCCCAUCUCAGUUGAGUCUCUCAUCACCCCGGCGUAUGAAGAGAGCGUCAGGAACAAGAGUGAGGAGGAACCACAAAUUUUAGGAGUGGACCAUUUAAAAGACUCCGCCUUCGUGCUUGGGGCACGUAUCUACAGAAAGCUGGUGGAAAUGCACACGGGAGAAAAUAUUCUUCUGUCUCCCACAAGCAUAUACCAGUCCCUUCUCAUCUUCUACUUAGGGGCUUCUGGACGCACAGCAAAUGACUUGCAGAGUCUGUUAGGAUUCAGCUUCCCCUCCGAUAGCCAAGACUGCACCUCCAAAAUUGACGGGCACAAAAUCCUUCCUGUCCUGAGGACCAUCAGCAAUCCCAGUGGGGUGGAUGAGCUGCUCUUCACCAAGCUUUUCUGCCUUUUUUCUGCCCCUAAUGUCCAUUUAUCUGAAUCCUUGGUCCACGAAUUGGCCUUUGCUGACAUUAAUUUCUACGUACGAGCUGUGGACUUUACAAACCCCGCUCAGGCAGGAGAACAAAUUGACGCUUUUGUCAAAAGGAAAAACGCCCACACGAGCAAGUCUUCGCUGGCAGACAUUGAUCCGGCAAGCAACUUGUUGUUUGCAACCUAUACUCAGUUCAAAGCCAUUGUGAAGGGAGCCUCACUUCUGAGUGAGCCUCAGGAAUUCUGGACCGAUUCAGAAAGAAAGAUCUCUGUGCCUAUGAUGAGAGUCACUGGUAACUUUGAGCAUAAAUUUGACAACAACCGGAAUCUGUCAGUCAUCAGAAUUGCUGUCAGCGAGAGCAUCUUUCUGCUGCUAUUACAGCCCAUCAACAAUGAAAACCUGGCUGGUGCUGAGGCACAAUAUUCUUUGGAGCCUUCUUAUCUGUGGCUGCAAAAAUUGUCACUGAGACGAAUCGAUUUAACUUUGCCAAAGUUAUCCUUUGAAAGCGUUUAUAACCUUCAGGACCCUCUUAAUAAAAUGGGCCUAUCUGAACUGCUGGGAAAGAGUGCCAACUUCAGUAUAAUGAGUGACGUUAACCUGAAUGUUAGAAAGAUUAUAAAUCAGCAACGGUUUGAACUCCAUCCUGGUGAAGCAGAUCAAGCAGAAAACCCUACAGAACAAAACGAGGGCGUCGAGACACUCAGCAUAACACUGAACAAGCCUUUCCUGAUAGCGGUGCAUGAAAAAGAGUCCAGCGCUUUGCUGUAUUUUGGCAGAGUGAUAAACCCCUUGCAAUGAGCAUAAAUUUCACAUUAAUAUGAUUUCCCUCGCUUUCUUCAGUA